AUGCUUAUUUUAGAGUUUUUGUUAGUUCGUUUUUUUCAUUCUUCGUGCAUCUGGGCACCCGUCCAAGCGCGUUUUCCCCCCUUCACGCUGUCUACUUUCCGUGCCAGACCAGACAGUUUGGCGCCUACGUCUGCAAUUGAAAAUCGGCAGUUAGGUCGAGAUUAUAUUUGGGGCACUGGAAAGGUUGGAGUGAAAUGCGAAGAGUGCCUGGAAUGCUUCCACGACGUCUGUGUCCCCUACGCCCCUUCUCACCCCUGCCAAAGGAGCCCCGGGGAGACGAAGGAGCCUCCUCCGCCCACGCUGGAGCGAGAAGUCCCUCUUACACAAUGGACGUCUUCAAAUGUGGUUGAAUGGAUGGCUGCCCUUAAUUUGUACAGGUAUGCUGAAUUGUUCAAAUCCAAAGACAUCAAAGGCUGUGAUCUUAUAACCCUUGACCGGGAGAAGCUGAUGAAUAUGGGGAUAAAAGAUGAGUUUCAUCAGAGAGCCAUUCUAGUUUGUGUAGACGAUCUUUGUCAAAGAAACAACUUGAAUAGAACUUCAAAUGAAACCAGAAAUCAAAUGAGAGGAUCAUACAAAGAUGAGUCAUCUCCAACUGGAAAUCAUCAGCUCCUUGAACAAAGUUUUUCUUGUGUGUUGAAGUGUGAUAAAUGCCAUAAUUACCUCCAUGGUUUGAUUCAUCAAGGUGUUGUUUGUCAAGAAUGUGGCUUGAUAUUGCAUCGUACCUGUGCAGCGACUGGCCUUCCAAGGUGUAAUACUGACGACAUUGAGAGGGAAAACCGCCGAAAUUUAAUAUCAGCAAUAUUUGGGAAAGACCUGAGCAGUCAAUUUCGACCAUCUGUUCAAAGUGCCCCUAGUCUAGUCUUAAGAUGCAUCCAUGAAAUAGAAACACGUGGAGCAGCCAUUAACAAUUUAGACCUUUACAGAGUGUAUCGGACUUCAGCUGCAACUGAUGUUGUUGCCGAGCUACGGCAAAAGUUAAGUGAAGACGUUGAACGCACAAACCUAGCCAGCUAUGAACCACAUUGCAUAGCUAGUGCCUUAAAAAAAUAUUUACGUGAAUUACCCAAUCCAGUAUUCCCUGUGCAAAUGUAUGAUAAAUUUAUUGAAAUCACAAGAAACAUUAGAAAUAAUGAUCACUGUGCACAGGCAUUAGAGCAAUUAGUUCAUCAGCUUCCCAUUCAUCAUAAAUCAACCCUUCAAACAUUAAUGGCUCAUUUUUGUCGAGUCUGUCGUUUGCAAUAUUCAAGAGGUAUCAAAGAACCUCCAACGAUUCUUAUACAAGUGCUUUGCCACAUUUUACUUAGGCCACCUUGGGAGAGGAUUGUCCAAAUUGUAUACAAUACUGAAACACAUAUCAGACUGGUUGAAUUGUUACUAUUGAAAGGAAAAUGGGGAGAACAGAUGCCUGUAUUUGAUUCUGCUCCAGCUCUCCCUCCUCGAAGGAAUUCCAGAAUGAGUCAACCAUUUCCAGAAACCAUGAUGUUAGGGGGCUCCAUCAACAUAACUCCAAAUAAUGCUGAUAACAUUCCACCACGUCCUAUGUCUGAGGGCCCAAAAAGUCUUGCUGAUGCUGAGUGGUACUGGGGAGACAUUACUCGUGAGGAAGUGAAUGAGAAAUUGAAAGAUACUCCAGAUGGUACAUUCCUUGUAAGAGAUGCAUCUAUUAAAGGAUCUGGGGAAUACACGCUCACUUUAAGGUCGGGGGGUAGCAACAAACUGAUCAAAAUUUAUCAUCAAAAUGGGAAAUAUGGUUUUACGGAGCCCUUUACAUUCAACUCUGUGGUGGAGUUGAUAAACUAUUAUCACAAAGUCCCACUCGCACAAUACAAUCGCACACUAGAUGUAAAACUACUAUAUCCUGUAUCCAGGUUUCAUCCUACUGGUAUUGAUGAAGAUGAGUCAAGUGAUGUCGAGAAAGUAGGCGAAAAACUUAUGAAAAUUAAUCAGGAAUAUCUGCAAAAAACCAAAUUAUAUGAUCAAUAUUAUGAAGAUUACAGUAAAACAUUUCAGGAGGUACAGUUAAAGAAACAAGCUCAUGAUGCAUUCGAUGCCACGUUGGCUGUAUUCCAAGAACAAGUGCUAAUCUUGAAGGAUCAUAUCAAAACAGCUACAUCAUCUGAAAAGCAACCUCUAAUAAAAAACCACGGGUUGCUGGCAUCCCGAUUGCAAGCAUUGGAGGAGAGCAAGAAGAAACUGGAUAACGAUUUGAAGCAUCAAGCUGCCUAUCACAGGUCUCUGGAUAGAGAAAUGAAUACCCUUAAGCCAGAAAUUAUGAGGCUAUACAAGCAGAGAGAAAAUUUCCAGGCGAUGUUGUAUGCAAAAGGUGUGAAAAAGGAUAGAGUACACAAAUUAUUACAAGAUUCAUGUGCAGAAGCAAAAGAUAUUAUGAGAGAAAGCGCUCUUCUUCAAGAAGAUGAAACACUUCCGCAUUACAAUGAAAACUCGUGGUUUCUUCCUGAAGUUUCAAGACCUGAUGCUAUACAACUUUUAAAAGGGAAACCUGAUGGAACAUUUCUCAUAAGGAACAGCAGUACCCCUGGGCAGUAUGCUCUCUCUAUAGUGGCUGAUGGAAAAGUUGGGCAUUGUAUAAUUUACAGAACUGAAAGAGGUUAUGGUUUUGCUGAACCAUACAAUAUACAUCCGAGUUUGAAGAGCCUGGUGCUACAUUAUGCAGAGACUUCUUUAGAAGAGCACAAUGAUACACUCAAAACGACACUUGCAUACCCAGUUCUAAGUGAUCCACACUGAUAAUCAAAGUACAAAUUGUUUUCUAAACAAAUUACAGACUUUUUUUGUCAUACUAGUUUCAUGAUAAAACAUUUGAUCAAAGUUUUAUACUUUUUAAUAAGGAAUAGUAGUACAAUAUCAAAGAGGAAAUAGUACUAAAGAUAGUUUUAACAUUUAUUUUGCUAUUUUAAAAUCACUACCCAGUAUCAAAAUGAUUUUAAAAAUAUCUGUGUUGAGUAAAGCUAACUGGAUUUAGAUAAAAUUUGUUUGUAAAAAUGCUAUUUUUCCCCCUAUGAUUUAAAUCUGUUCAACUUAUUUUCUUAAUGUUGUUAAACUUAAGGAACUACUACGCAACAAAAUGUUUUUAAGUGCAAUUUUCUCAAACCUUCCCUUUAUUAUUGCAAUUGUUAUUGUUAAAAUUUUAUUAUGAUUGUAAUUUUUGUGUUUGUUCAAAUAACUAGUCAAAAUAGUUAAAUAAUGAAAAUUAAUGUAUCAUACCGUAUAUCUCUUUCUUAUAAAUGAAAUGAAUGUAAAAUUUGAAAAUCUCUGUAAAUAUUUGUAUUGAAUUUGUUUGCUUUUUGUAUAAUGAAUUCAUUUUUUAAAACUUGUUGAUUGGUAACUGGCCUUGAAAAGUACACAAAAAGUUUUAAAAUUUACAGUAGAAUCAAUAAAUUUAAUUUUCAUGUUUUUAUUUUGGCUCUUUUGUUUGCAUUAGAGUUUUUAUGAAAUUAAUAUAUUUUCAUUGUAAUUUUUUAAAUGUUAAAAUCAAGAAAAAAUGUAUGUAUUAUGUACUUGAGAUGCAAUUGGUUCUUAAGUUUCAUAAUUGAUUUGAUUGCUGUAAAACAAUCGCAUAAAAAUUUGUAGAGCUCGUUCUUCAUUUGUUGCAUUUGUCUUAGAAAAAUUUAUUAAAAUUUCUUUUGUAUUGACAGGUAAAAAAAUUAAUGUUUUGUAUUUUUGUUUAGAUUCUUUUAUGUAAUUGUUGCUUCAUAAUUUAAAAGAAGAAAAUUUGUACAUAUUAACUAAAUGUUUAAUUAUCAUACUUCUAUGUUUUCUCCAAAUUAUUUAUUAUCUCUCAAACAUGAAAUCGUAUACUUUUGUAAAUAAUUUUUAACUUUUAUUAGUACAAAUUUCAUCAUUUAUGUACAUUGUCUAUGUUCUCUCUUCUUGUAAAAUUUCAUAAGUUUUCCCACAGUCAAAAAUAUUUGUUGUUAGUGGUUGUUAUUUGAUAUUUUGAUUUGUGCCAUUCUGUUCUGUACUCAUUUUUGAUGCUAUUGAUUAAAAAAAAUAUUAAGAUAUCCUAAGCAAGUAAAAUCUAGCAGAAAAGCUGCAAGGCAGUUUUUUGUGAAUAUUGCUUAUUUUAAAACUAUUUAUUUAUGAUUUUUUUUAAUUAAAAUUAUUUUAUUUAUGGAGAAAAAGUAUCAACUGUUGUUACAUUUGAGAGAAUAAAAUAAUUUGAAAUUUUGUUGCUGACAUUUUAGAGCAAUUAUUAUUAUUAUUAUUUUUUUUAAGAAUACUUGAAAUAUUUUCAAGUAAAUUUAUGAUUUUAAUCUUCUAAAUAUUUCCUUUAGUUCUACUAAUUUUUUUAGCUACAACAUUAUCUAAUAAUAAUGUUGCAUUUGUGAAAUCUUCAGGGUGUCAGUUUUCUAAAUCCUGAUCAAACCCUUAUUGUAUCUUUCUUCAAUAAAUCGAACUCGGAGCCGGACUAACGUAAGUCCAAAAAUGGUAAUUUUCAGGCUGUUACUGCUUUGUAUGUAGAAUAUUAUUCAGCAUCGAUCAUCACAAUGUAAUUCUGUAAAAAAAUUCUUGAAUAGUUAUUUACAGCAUAAAAGAGCAUGAGCCUCUUCCUUUUGUUUGCACCAGGCGAAAGUUUUUUCGCUCUCCUGAAAAGUAGCAAUAACGUGACUUACAUUAGACUGGUUUUGUAAAAAAAAAAUUAGAAGGAUGAAGAAAUUGAAAAAAAAAUUAUAUUUUUUAUGAGGUGCACUUUUGAGGAUUUUAACUACGCAGGAAAUUGUUGUUAUCAUAAAGUAGGUUGAAACUUAAAAUUCUAAAAAUAUUUAGUGCUUCUGAUGCCUUAAAAAGAUGAAUAAUAUAAAGAAAAUAAUGCAGCGUUCUUUUAAGUUUUAAGAAAAUUACUGUAAUUUUUAAGUAAACUUUUAAGAACUUAACCUGAUAACGAUUGAGGCAGUGAGAAGCCAACGAAUGUAAGUGGACAUUUUCAAGUUCUGAGUAAAACGUGCUUAAAGAUUGGUUCCUUGGUAGGCUUUCAUUGGAAUUUUUUUCUAAAUCAUACUGUAUAGCAACAACUACCAGGGCUACUAGUACAAUAUCUUGCCCCAAGACAGAGGAGAGGUUCACCUACCAUGUGUACUGGUUAUCUCCAAAUUUUUAACUUUGCCACUUACAUCCCUUUGCUUCUCACUUCCUCAAUUGGCUAAAUGUGACUAAAAACUACUGUUCUACAUCAGCUCUCUAACUUCUACAUUAUAAUGCAAGAGAAGCAGUGCUCUCAUAACAAACAUUUAGUUGAAGUAUUUAGAAAGGGAAACUGGUGAUAGUCAAAUGUUUCAAAUUCAUUGUGCUUCAUCUGAUAUCAUUUACUUACUCAAUGAUAAUUUGCCUUAUGCAUAAAAUAAAAGCUGAAAAAUAUACUAGUCAAUUUGAAAAUAUCAAUGGUAUUUCGUGUGAUGCAAAUAAUUCUACCCUAAGGCAAUGUUUUUCAACCUGUUUUGUAUUUAACAGUAUUAUAAAGUUAUAACUGAGACUUUUCACUCUCUUAGUUGUCGGGAAAAAAAUCAUUUGAAUUUUAUGUCUUGAAUUCAAAUCAUGUUUUACACAAUAACUGAUUGCGAUAGGACCCUACUCCUUGAAUUUCUUCUUCUAAAAAUGGAAUGGAAAUGGAGAAGAGAUUUGCACCCAUCAUAUUAUAACUGGUGAUUUUCUGUAUAAGGUAAUACAAGGCAUAUCCACAAAAAUGAAAUGGUCAUCAGGAUGUCUUAAUAAAGAUCUGGUUAUUAUGGCAAAUUUGCACCCAUAUACAGUCAAAUAUCGAUAACUCGAAGCUUAUAACUCGAAUAUUCCUUUAUCUCAAAGUUUUCAUUGGAUCCUAAACUUUUAAGACUGUUGUGAAAACUUCUCGGAACUACCAAUAACUCGAAUGUUUUAGCCGAUCCCUUGAGACUUCGAGUUAUCCAGAGUUGACUGUACUCAUCAUAAAGAUUAAAUUUACAGUGUUCUUUAUGGUAUUUUUUUUUUCUUAUCAAUCUUCAAUGAUAGGAGUUAGUAAUCUAGAAAUUUUGCAUUUAGAUGAAAUUUUGCUUUUUAAGUUCAUCUAUGUUGAUGUUUUUCCUGAAAAAAAUGUAAUUUCACAUUCCUCCCUCCUUUAAAAGUAAAAUCUGCUUAAGUUAAGCCUUGAAUAAACGCCAAUUUGUCCUCCUAAUAAAUAUUAAAACAACUAGCCAGUCUUAUACUCUUUUUGUCAUGGUAAAAAGAAGUCAGCAAAACAUCAACUUCAGCCAAGUGAGGAUUAUGAGCGAUUUGUGAUCGUUCAAAAAAACAUCACUAGAGGAAAAUUAAUUAUUGCAUAAAAUACUAAACUAAAAAUUGAAGAACAUUACAAUUUUCUUAUUAAAUUAUAUUGUUCGAUUAUGUAUUAUAUUAUAUUCAAUAUAACUUUGGUGACAAAAUGCCGGCUUACUUUGAGAACUUUUUUGAAACUCAAUGGCGGCAAUUUAGAGGAUAUUAUGGUUUAUUUAUUUAUUUUAUUUUCCAAUUUAGAAACCAAAAUUAAAAAUUGUAAAAAAAGUUGAAAUGUCAAAAUUUUUAGAACAUAAUUAUUUGUUUUACUUUAUAUCUGUUUACAGAACAUUAAUUGGUACAAGCAGUAACUUUUAGUUUAUGUAUUCAUUGUUUAGAUAUUAGUAAAUUAAUUGUUUUACUUAAACAAUCUAUACUUGUUCAAUGAAAUUAUUACCAAGUGUUUGUGAUAUCGGGGAAAGUUAUUGUGUACACAAUUCAUCAAAAUCUUAACAAAAACGUGAGUUAAGUUGUUAGAUUUACAUUAAUUACCACUCAUCUGCUGUCAAAACCAACCCUAGCAAAAUUUUGUACUUUCUCUCUCUUUUUUGCUGCCGCAAAAAAUCUUAGGUUUUUUUUUCUUUCACCCCCGCCCCCCACUUUUCAGUCCCAAUCCCCACUCUGCUUAAACUAGUAGUAAAAAAUAUUUUAAAGAAGUAAUAAUUGCUCCCACAUUUUCGCCCCACCCCGAGAUUACCUUUUUGUACAACAAGAGAGUGUUGAGCACCACUCUGGUUGAGAAACCCAUGAUUUAGGUAAUUCAUAUGCUGGAUUUAAUAUGAACCACUUUCGACAAGGCGUAGGAAAAAUUUCAUUUGAUACAAAUAAG